CCGUUAAAGCCCGCCCCACGGAACACGCCCCCUCGCCAAGCUCUCCGUCCGCGGCAGCGCCAGGCGCUCCCCCUCGGCCUCCGCCUUCCGAGACGCAGCCAUCAGAUCCGAUAAGGAGAGAAGCAGAAGGCGCUCCGGACGUUUUCGGCCGUCUGUAAUCACGUCGCCAAAAUGGCAGAUCAGAUGCACCAGUCUCCCCAGGUCUCCUCGUCGGGAAUGAACUCUCCUGCGGCCAAGGACUCUAAGCUCUCCGUGAAGGACCUGGUGUACUGGCGGGAGCCCAAGAAGACAGGCGUGGUGUUCGGCGUCUCGCUGGUGCUUCUGCUCUCGCUGGCCACCUUCAGCGUCAUCAGCGUGGUCUCCUACAUCCUGCUGGCCCUGCUCUGUGUGACCAUCACCUUCCGAUCCUACAAGUCGGUCAUCCAGGCAGUGCAGAAGUCCAGCGAUGGACACCCCUUCAAGGCGUUCAUGGAGAAGGACAUCUGCGUCGCGCCCGAGACCUUCCGCAAACACGUGGACGUCUGCCUGUCCCAUGCCAACUGCGCCAUCCACCAAGUGAGGCGGCUCUUCCUGGUGGAGGACCUGGUGGACUCCCUCAAGCUGGCCGUCCUCAUGUGGCUGAUGACCUACGUCGGCGCCAUCUUUAACGGCAUCACCCUCCUGAUCCUGGCGGACAUUGUUCUCUUUUCCGUCCCCCUGGUGUAUGAGAAAAACAAGACCCAGAUCGACCAUCACAUAAAACGCGUCCGCACCCAAGUGGACAGUACGCUGGCAAAGUUACAGGAGAAGCUACCUGGUGUGGUGAAGCGUAGCAAAGCAGAAUGAUGAAUUACACCCCCCCCUCUGCCCUUGUUCCUGCCCCCCCCUCCCUACGCACACACUGCACUGAACCAGCGACCAUGUAAAAUCCCCUGAGCAUUGCCAUGUAACACACAUGCACUGGCGCCCUUGCAGCCACCUCCCGAAGUCACUAACAUGCCCCCCACCCCCCCCCCCCCCCCCCCCCCGUCAUGGGCAGCUGAAGUAAAUGGAGACCCCCACCCCCGAGCCGGAGUCGCGAGAGGCUUUCCGGCUUGGAAGUGACUGUCUGUGUUCGUCUGCUGUAUGUAUGAGGUCUGGGGGGUGAAAAUGAGUGUUUUGGUGGCUCUGUGGGCAACUGUCCCACUCCCCAUGUGUGCCCGGUCCUCCCCUUCCUCCGUAGUGUUACUUGUGUAUGUUACUUAGUUCCUCAGAGUAGCACUUGCUCGUUUGCUAGAGAAACACUUAACUGGAGCCCUCAGUGUUUUGCAAGAACCAUGUGAACGUCGACUAACAUUUUCCGGAGGGGUUGGGGUCGGCCAGCGGCCCUGCACCUCCCGCUUCCCACCUGAAGAAGCACUCGUCCGUUUGUCCACGCAGUCGUAACGCCAUCCCUGCUGUCACGGAAGCAACACUGUAUCCUACUUUCUUUUUAAGACUUUCUGCUGUUAUCGUCGCGUAGUUAAGAAGUGAAUUUUUACAUGAAUGUUAUUACUGUUGUCAUGGUAACUGCUUUAACGCCUCGGCCUGUUUUCGGCGGCACUGUUAGAGAGCAGCCUUGUUUAGAGACCCUUAGAGACCGUAGGAUUUUCACCCGUCUGUUAUGCAUUUUCCCUUAAUUUCACACGUUGUAGACUUUCGGUGUACUUUGAUUCCAAAAGCGAGGUUGUCACUUUUUGUUUUAAAUCCUUAGCUCGUGUAUGAAUAUCCAUUGUAUGACGCAGACUACUGACCCUUUCCCUGGAAAGGGGAAAAAAACCAUUCUGGAACAUUCCCAGUGUAUGUGAAGUUCUGUGGGCGGGGGUAGGGGGUUUGUUGGGUCAGAGAGCCUCGCAAACGUGCGGCCGUAACGAGCUCCUCCCCCCGGCCUUUGCAUUCUGCACUGCAGUAGCUGAACAUAGGUACUAUGAAACAUCCGCUUGAUGUGCUUUUGCCGCGUUUCCCUGGAUAUCUGCCUCAGCACCACACACAUCUGUUGGAUAUUGAUCUGUUCCCCAGCACCCAGCCCCCCCCCCCCCCCCACCCCGCUACCAGUUGAAAAAACACUUGGCUACUUGAUAUUUGAUGUUCACUAACCAAUAAAUGUCUUUUAAAACUA